CGCUGCGGUUUAAAGUGUCGUCAUUUUACUAUUAUGCCAGAAAUCGCUGAAGUGGAAUUUGCUCGAAGACAAUGCCACCAGCAUUGUUUGAAUCGAACAAUCAUUGCUGUUGAUGCGACACCGGAUAGUCUAGUAUUUGCUGACACCACGGCCGAAGACUUUGCUGAAUCCAUCAAAGGGAAAAUAGUGACAGAUACAAAACGAUGGGGAAAGUAUUUUGUCUUGAUACUUGACAAAGGUCCACACAUUGUUGCUCACUUUGGCAUGACGGGCCAACUUCUUGUGAAGCAUGAGCACGAGGAAAAGCAAAUGACGUGGCCACCAAAGUUUGUAAAAUUUAUCAUUACUGUGCAGAAGAAGGGGACGGACGAAGAGCCGGUUGUCAUAGCUUUCUGCGACGCGCGUCGUCUGGGUCGCGUUAGGCUGGUAGACGGCGAUCCACUGAAAUGUCCUCCCAUUUCCAAACUGGGUUUUGAUCCUAUGCAUAAUCUGCCGUCGCCUGAAGAUUUCACAGUUCUUGUGCAGAAACGAAUUAUGCCGAUCAAAGCAUUACUGCUGGAUCAAGCUUUUUCAGCUGGCGUGGGGAACUGGGUGGCGGACGAAAUUUUGUAUCAAUCACGUAUCCAUCCGGCGCAAAAGGCCAAUACGCUGACGAUCGAGGAAUGUCACAAUCUGCGGUUACAAAUGGAGAAAGUGUGCCGCAUUGCAGUGGAAGCGGAAGCCGAUUCAUCACUGUUCCCUGAAGACUGGCUCAUGAUGUAUCGUUGGAACAAGGGCAAAGGCAAAGGAGCCGGAGUUCUACCUAAUGGACACAAACUGGCUUUUGAAACGGUGGGGGGACGAACAAGUGCGUUUGUACCAGCAUUACAGCGAUUGCAUGGCUCUAUCCUUACAAAGAGGAAGAAGGUCAAGGUCGAGAGCAUGGCAAGCGAUGAAGAAGCACCCGCAUGUAUUGCGUUGGCUACUGCGUAUUACAUCACGAGAAAAAACGAUAAACGUUUGCAGCUCAUAUCGGCCAAGGAUGAACGGGUGGUUAUUUUAGGCUGCUCUUCAGGGAUUGGCAAGCACGUCGCGUUAUCUUAUGCUGCCCGUGGUGCGAAGCUCGUGCUAUUUGCAAGAAGACGAGAAUUGCUGGAUGCUUUGAAACAAGAAUGUGAACAUGCCGGAGCUUCUCAUGUCACUGUGGUGGCGGGAGAUGUGAGCCAUCAGGAUGACUUGACAUUACUGAUGGAGACUUGUCAACGAAGCAUGGGGGGUCUGGAUACGCUGAUCUAUUGUGCGGGACUGAUUUCUGUGCUGCCUUUUAUGGAAGCAUGCGGGAUGGAGGUCAAGGUCCAGCAGACGGGUUUUGAAGUGACGCAGUCGUCAACGUCAACGAGUGGAGUGGAUGAUGCGUUGGAACGUAUUACGAAUGUAAACUAUUAUGCACCCGUACGGACGGCUCGAGUGUUUCUGCCUAUUUUAAUUCAGACUUCAAAAAUGCCCAAUCUGGCGAUCGUCUCUUCGAUGGCCGGCAAAGUGGGUGCGCCCACACGUGCGAUGUAUGCAGGCUCCAAGCAUGCCGUUCACGGGUUUUUCGAUUCCUUGAGAGUGGAAGUGGAGCCAUACAACGUCCAUGUCAGUCUUGUGUGUCCAGCCACCGUGGAUACAGAUUUACGCCAUUCGGCCGUGGACGGCGGGCUUGGGCAUGGAGGCGUGGCGGGAUCCACGAGCGGAAAAUUGUCGCCACAAACAGUCGCUUUACAGAUUAUUGCCGCUUCCGAUCAACGAAAACGGGAAGUGUAUCUCCCUGCGUGGUUUGGCUAUGCAGCAUUAUGGGCCAAACUGUUGGCAAGCCCCUGGGUCGAUUGGUUCGCCAAGCGAAAGUACAGCAAGGUCACUAAGUAACAUACAAAAAAAAGGAAAAAGUUCAUUAAAGAGGUGGUAAAAAUUUUUUUUUUUUUUUUUUUUUUUGUCUGUUGAC